AUGCGCCACGGAGCCCUCAGCAGGAAGGAGGCCGAGAGCGAGCGGGACCGGGACCGGGACCGGGGCCAGGACGGGAUGGAGGAGCAGGGGAGCCUCGCGGCCGGGCUCCGCGGGAGCCGGUCCCCGGCCUGGAAGAAAAACAAGCCUGCAGGGCGCGGGGGCGAGUCUCCGCCGAGCCAGGGAGGACCCGGCCACCCCGCGGGAAGAGGAAAGCGCGAGCGUGCGGCUCGGCAGCGCCGCGACCAGCCGUCCGGACACGCACCCCGGCGGGCUCGGACCCGGGACCGAGCCGGCCCCCGCGGCCGGCCCCAGCCCAGGACCCCCUCGAGCGAGAGGCCCGGCCGCGGGCAGGCGCGGGGACGGGCCGGGGCAGCCGAGCCGGAGCCUCCAGGUGCUCGCCGCAGGGAGCACCGCCGGCAGCAGGAAGCCGGGGCUGCGGGCAGCGGGUCUCGCGAGUCGGACCCUCGACCUGGAGGCCACCGCAGAGCCGGAGAAGAGCCCCUCCGAGAAAGGCCGAGCUUGGAGCUUUCCGGCGCCCUUCUCGAGGACGCCAACGCUUUCCGGGGAGUCGUGGUGAGGUACAGCGAGCCCCCAGAAGCGCGGGUCCCCAAGCAGCGCUGGCGCCUCUACCCCUUCAAGAACGAGGAGGCGCUUCCGGUCAUGCACGUCCACAGGCAAAGCGCCUACCUCCUGGGCCGCCACCGCCGAGUCGCGGACAUCCCCAUCGACCAUCCCUCUUGCUCGAAGCAGCACGCCGUCUUUCAGUACAGACUUGCGGAGUGUCCUCGCGCGGACGGCACAGUGGGCCGCAGGGUGAAGCCCUACAUCAUUGACCUCGCCUCGGGCAACGGGACAUUCCUGAACAACCAGCGCAUCGAGCCCCACAGGUACUACGAACUGAAGGAGAAGGAUGUACUCAAGUUUGGCUUCAGCAGCAGAGAGUAUGUUCUGCUGCACGAGUUCUCCCACACCUCGGAAGUCGGCAGGAGAGAAGACGAAGAGGAGGAGGGAGUAUCUGACAGCUAG